CAAUGUCCAAAAACCCUAAUUUUGACUAAUUGGGUUUUUGAACUUUGAAACUCUCUUCAAAUUCCAGAUUUCAUCUCUUUGAUUAGUUUUUAAGCAAAGAAAAAGAACCUAUUUUUAUUCACCGAAGAUGUUGCAUAUAAGGUUCAUAGAUAUAAUACUUUGGGUUUUCUUAGUUUCAUAUACCCUCAAGAACUCCUCAAUGCAUUCUCAUCAAGGUGAUGAAAGUAAAGAAUAUGUUGUAUCUGUUCGAAAGGAAUUUGAUGAGGGUUUUAGAGAAAGGAAAAUGGGAGGACAUGAAGUAGGUGUGGAUUCAAAGAAUUCAGGUGCAAAUUACAGCUAUGAUGGCAAAUGUAAAACAUGGGAUCAUGAAACUAAGGUUGAAAGAGAUGAUUUUGUAGCUCUUGGUGAUGAUUAUGGUGGCCCUAAACGUCACCCUCCUGAGCAUAACUGAGUAAAAAAAAAAAAUUAAAGGCAUGCAAAUGCAGCACUUAGAUCCUUUUUUUUCUUUGUAUGUUUAUAAGCUGGGUAAAUUUUAGGGACAUUAAGAUAUUGUGUGAAUAUCUAAUGACAUGUAUGGAAAGAAAAAAAUUUGUUCUUAUAAAAAGGGAUGUUUUUGGUGCUUGAAAUGGUUUGAGAAAUGAAUACGACUUUCGUCUAGUACUUACA